AUGGAUGCUCAAAUUCAAAAACUACAAAAUAUCACAGAUAUGAUCUCACAGUAUCAAAAAGCAACCACAUAUAAUAAGGUUAUAAAGAAAUUAAAUAAUGGUGUUAGUUUUAAAAUCAAAAGAUUAAAUGUUAUGAGAGGAAGAUUAUAUUAUCCAGCAAAGAGAAGAGAACCAAGUGCUACAAGAAAAUCACCAUCUCAAAUCACAAUUUUAAAAAACACUGCAAUGAACACAUUUACUUCAUUGGACGAAGCCACCGAUGAAGAAAUUUACAAAAGAAUGUAUAUGGCUAAACAAAGAGAAAAGUUAAUCAAAGCCAAUACAUUUAUUUCAUCCAUUAUGAGCAUGGCCGGCGGUUCAUAUCAAAAAGCCCUUCAAAUGCAUGGUUUAACAAAUGAAAACAAUCAAUUCCAAUAUAAUGAAGACGAAGACGAUUCCGACUAUGAACCAUCUGAAGAUAGCGAAGAAGACGAAGAAGAAGAAGAAGGUGUUGAAGGUGAAGAAGAAGAAGGUGAAGAAGGUAUUGAGGGUGAAGAGGAAGAAGAGGAAGUUGAAGAAGAUGAUGAAGAAUUUGAAGAACAAGAGAAUUUAGAUGACGAUGAAGAACAAGAAGAAGAUGAUGAUGAAGAAGAAGGCGAUUUUAAUGUUAGCUUUGAAGAAUAA